AUGCCCACGAGCCUGCGGUUCCUCAUAGCGGAGAACUUCUUCGGCUCGGACUUCGGGUUGAGGUUCGGAGACUUUUUGGAGGCCGCGAGGGUGCACGAUGCCGAGCGGAGCACGCAGGUGAAGGCGCCUGCGGACCGCUUGCGACCGCCGCCGAGAAGAGUCAAGGUGGGGGGUCAGUGGCUGCCGAAGCCCCCGCCGCCGGUGAAGAAGAAGAUCCCGUGGCGCCAGGUGGAGUCGCCCGCGCCUGCUGCGGGCAAGGAGAAGAGCGCCAAGGUGUUCAAGAAGAAGGAGAAGAAGAAGAAAAAGAAGAAGAAGCAGAAGGAUCAGUCGGUUCGGACCCCUUUCGCGAACCUCGAGGGGCACAUCGACGGGUCCGAGGAGUGGAAGCUCAAGGACUGCAAAAUAGAGAAGUGGAAUUGCGAGGACCGCGCCAAGAGGUUGAACAAGAAGGUGGUGCUAUUUGGCUUCAGGGUGCAGUGCCCCUUCUGCUUCAGGCUGCCGCCGUCUCCCAUCAGGGAGAAGCAGUUGGCGGCCUUCCGCAAGACCAGCAGGGAGGAGUUCGAGCGUCAGAGGGCUCCCAAGAAGCAGCUGGCGUCGGCUACGGCUGCGAGUUCUUCGGCCUGCCCAAGGGUGACGGUGCAGAAGAACGCGUUCCUCAAGAAGUUCAAGCAGAAACGCAAGUGCCAGGAGAAGCAGGCCAUGGCGGUGGAGCCCAGCGCGCCGCAGACGGAGGGGGAGAUGGUGAAGGAGACGGACAAGGACAGGCAGCUGGAGGACAUCGACGCGAUGGCCAGCAAGCAGCAGACGACCAAGGACAACCUGACGGAGUUGAUCCAGUCGCUGCAGCCCGCCCUGCACACGGGCACGGAGGAGGCGCAAACCAGGGUGAAGGCGCUCACCCAGCAGGCCGAGAAGGCCCUGACCAACGCGGAGGAGAGCCUGGCGCGACCCAAGCGCCUGAGGAACCUGGUGGAGGCCAAGCGAACCUCGGGCGUG